AUGACCCUUUCGGCAGUAUGGGCCCUGGUUUCCAUGGGAGCCACUGCCGCCGUGGUGUCAACCGAUUCUCAGGUUCCGGAUUCAAGCAAUGUCGACCAGCCGGAAGACCACGGAACCAAACCGCAAAUUUCAUCCUGCCUCGAACCUCGCAGUCUAACGGUCGUGGACGAAAAGGGCCGGCCGAUUAGAGCUCCUGCGCCCAACCCGAAUUGCGACGCAUAA